UUCAGGUCAUUCUCGUUGGGCAAAAAAACAGUGUAAGAUCGAUGCCGCUUCUAUGCAUUACAUACUGAAUCAAUCGUAUAUAUUCUUUUCGACGACGACGACGACAACAACACACCGCCGCGCAACAAACGACGAAAGUGAAAAAGGUGCAGAAAAUCCAAGCAAUCGUCAAAAAUUACACCGUAAACGCAUUAACGACGAGAAAAGCAAUUAAAAAUAAUUUGGUGGUGAACAAUAAAAACGUGGUACAUUGUGAGACGGUGUUUUCAGUAGACGGAGAGAGAAAAAAAUUCUAUAUAUAUGUGUCGCAAAUCCAAUACGAAAAAAAGUCGAAACGAAACCGGUAAAUCGAUUUAGCGAACAAUAUUUUGUUAAUUCGCCCAGAACUGACGGUAUUUUUCACCUGAGACGAGCAUCAAAAUUUCCCAUAAAUCGUGCGAAACAUAGACAUUUUGUGAAUGUAUUUAUUAGCGACGAUAGUUACGUGAAAAGACAAAAACGUAGAACCUAAAGAAAAUAAGAAGAAGAAGAAGACCGAAUCCAAAAUGGAUAACGAGAAUGGUACAGCAGUAGUAGUAGCGGCAGCAGCAGCAGUGACUACCACAAAAGUUGAUGAGCCAAAAACCGCCGAAAUAACGGCCUCAACAAAAACAGAUGCAAUCGACACACCGAUAGUGGAAACCGUGAAAAAUGCCGAAGUUGCACGUUUGGAUGCAAAAUUGGUUGAGGCCGCUGUAAAAACCGACGAAUUAAAGGCAUUGAACACAAAUUCAACGUCAAAAGAUGUGACGACGGCGGAAGUUAACAAAACAACCACCACAGUUACAGUGAAUGUAACGCAAACAAAAGUCACAGUUGGCGAUGUAGUGGACAAGGGCCAGGGAAUUGGUGAAGUUGUAUCGACGGUAUCGAGUAUAGCCGAGGCUGCGGUAGGUGCAAUCGAACACGAACUGAAGAAACCAGCAGAAACGGCCGAAGCCAAUUCAGUCGACGUCGAUGCUGAUGUUGAAAUGGUUGAUGCGGAUGCGGUUGCGGAUUGUGAAAUGAAAGAUGUGUCUUUGGUUGAAGAACAGCCACAAAUUGUGACGACUACAACCACCACAGCGAUUGCCGGCAACAGUAAAACAAAAUCCGCUGAAGCCGAUUCAGUGAAUUCAAGCAGCAGCACGGUUGCGACAGUAGAAAGCACUGCUUCUGCAGCAGCAGCAGCACCCACUGCAACUAACGAGGCAGAACAGAAGAUUGAUGAUGUCGAAAAGAACAUUAGUAAUUUGUUCAAUGGUGGUGAUGAUAAUGUCGUUUCCACCAACGAUAAAUCGAGCGAUGACCCAUCAAAAGAUGAACACUCGUCGUCACAAGUUGCCAGUUCACAAAGCGACAGCAUUUUAUUGAACAAUGGCACCGAUGGUUCGGCCAAAGAAACAAAAUCACGACAUGACGCAAUCAAAGACAAUAAUGACCUUGUCUCGAUACUAGCUGGAAACGACAAGCCGGACGAGAACAUAUCCAGCAGCAGUGCACAAAAACAAAUGGCAACCAGCGACAAAGAUGCGAAAUCGAUUAUGUCACCGAAAAGUCAGAUUACAUCGAGUAGCAGCACACCGGGAAAGUCUACGACAGCACAAUCGAAUGUUGUGAACAACAGUACGCCGGUGCCGACAACUCAAAAGCAAUCCGUAAUCUCAUCGGAAAAGGUGGUUAGCACAGCCAUCGAUGCUGAACAAGGUCUUGGCGGCAAAGCGUCACGACAAGAAAUCAUUUCAUCUCUUUCGAGUACAAUCAAAGAGGAAUCGUCAUCGGAUCUUUCAUCAACUGUUUCAGGUAGUGAAUCAUCGAGCGACAACCUAAAAAAACGAACAAGCCUCAAUGGUUUGUCCGACGAAGCCGAUGCUGCUGCUGCAUCAAGUGGUGGCAAACAAGAAAGUCCGGUGAGUGGUGUCGGAAAGAGUGCGCCGAAAGAAGAAUCAGCUAAAAUUGAUUCGUCAGUCAGUGCAACACCAAAAACUCCCAUCACACCCAAAGUUUUGCCCGAACAAAGCAUCUUCAAUGUGAACAUUUGCUACGAUAACUUGGAAUUGGUUAGCUUCAAUGUGGAAAAGCAGGACACAAACAAAACUGGCACACAGAACAACAGUUCAACACCUUCAUCGUCCGAAGCUGUGUCGUCGCCGCAGAAAACACAACAAGAAGUCAAAGGCGCUGUAGCCCUUUGCACAUUCAUCAUUGAUCAUUUCGAAAAGCUCCGGACAAAGUUGACCGGCAAUGUUGACACUCACAAAACACCAGCAACAAGUGGUCGUGGCCGUGGCAAAAAUGCAAAUGCUGAGCCAACAACACCGUCAGUAACAAGCACGGCAUCGAAACGGAAGCGUGGUGCCAUCGCCACGCUAGAGUCACCAGCAGCACUCAAUGACACGGCCGAUUCGGAGGCGCAACCAAAGUCAGCUAAAAAGGCUAAGAAAGAGCCGGCCACUCCAAAAACUCCCGCAAUCGCCGCCGAAUCCGAAUACCCAGAAAAAGCGGUACUCGCACGAUGGGUAGACAAGAAAUUUUACGCGGGUCGUGUAAUUGAACAGAAACCAAACAACAAGUACGUUGUUUUAUUUGAGGAUGGCGCAAAGAAGACACUGCCUGAGGAACACAUUCUGUUUGGCAAGGAGAACAAUAUUUUGCCAUUGGUCAAUGAAAAUGUGCACGCACUGGUCGAAAAUGAGACAUACGAACCGGGCAAUGUUCAGUCGGUGGAAACGAAGGACGAUGGCGGCGUUUACUACACGGUGCUUUGUGAAUCGACAACGGUUACAGUGACUGCGUCCGAUAUUUACUUGGAAGAGGAACAGGCCAAAGUGAUUCUAUCAAAGCAUGCAUCAAAUAAUCCAGAGCCAGGCUUCUCCGGUGGCCUCAACACCCGAAAAGAUCGACGCAACAAGAGAGCGGAAAGUAAUCGUCACGUGCAAUGGUUUUCUGAAAGCGAUGUAUCCGAUAUUAAUGAAUCGGAUUCACGGCCAGCCAGUCCUGUAACGGUAUUAGAAGCGGUUGAUGGUGUUCAACCCGAACUUCAGCAUACUCAAAAAGAAUCUGAACUUGUCAGAAUUUGCUAUUUGAUGGAACGGUUCGGCAACGAUUUUAGAAAGGUCAAUUUGGACAAUGUUUUGGGGCCCAUCAUAAAAUCAAAUAUUCUGAAAAAUAAAAGUUUCCUGCUCACCUGCACGAUUCCCAUUAAGACGGUGACGACAAAUGGCACCACCAAUGGAACAGGCAACGAACGGCAAAAUGUUCGAAGCAACGGGUAUGAUUUGAAUAGUAAAAAUACAGUCUUCUCAUCGGUGCCAUUUUUUAAGGACUAUCUGAAGCAACAGAUUGAAGCGGCCGGUGGAAAUGUUUAUAGUAAUUUUGAAAAUAUUCCAUCAAACAAGUAUCGCACUUGCUUCCUAUUGGCACCUUUCCCAUGCAUUACGGCUAAAUAUGUGCAGUGUUUGGCGGCAAACAUAACGGCUGUGUCACACGAAUGGAUCGUCGAUAGUUGCCAACGCAACAAGCUAUUGAACAAAGAUGACUAUGUGCUGCCGUCCGGAUGGUCAAUCAUCGAAAACAAAUACAAACCAUGGUCGAUGGGACGGGGUCGUGACACACGUAAAAAUGCAUUCAGCAAAACUACAAUCAUCAUCACCAGUCAACAAACUGAUUUCGUGGAGUUUUGGAGUCGUGUGUGCAAAUCGGCCGGCGCGAAAAUCCGUUUGGUCAAAUCGACGACCGAUCUAACCGCUACGACAAAGGGCUACAUUUUACUUGACGACGAAUUUCCGCCUGAAUAUCAAAGCCGAGCCGAACGCUUCCACAUUCCGAUCGUGUCAACGGUAUGGGUCAUUCAAUCGCUUAUCCUUGGCAAAAUAUGCGAUCCCAACGCUCAUGCAAAACUCACACAACUGUACGAAGACGAUAUAUAUUAGACUAUCAUUUUUUAUUAUUAUUAUUACUAUUAUUACGAAUGAAAAUUCAAAAAAAAGCAAAUUUGUUACAUUUUGUACAGAAAAUAUCGCUACGAUGAACUAGAAAUGAACUAGAGUCGAUCACAUCGAACAAUGAAGAAAACGUAGACUAUACAUAAAAUAUUGAAAUAAUGUACAAAAACAAAUCAAAGAAAUCACGUUACUUGGUUUUUUAAAAAAAAACAUAUAAGACAACACAAACGCUAUCGUACCUAAUGUUAUUUACUGUUAGUUUGACGAGUUUACUCAAUUUAUUAUAGCAAACACACAAUUUUGAUGUCAUAUUGAUAAAAUGACAGAAAAAAAAACGAACAACCCUAGAAAAUUGUAUAAACAUAUUCGAAUUGACCAACAACACGGUGCAUCUUUUUGCAGCCGGUUUUUUGUUUUGAUUUUGUAGAUAAAAUGGAAAUGACAAAUGCAAAAUGAAAUAAAUGUAUUGGAAGGAAAGAAAAUUGAAUGAAAUGAAAUUGAAAAUAAAUGGAGAAGAAGACGACGAUUUGAAUGAAA